AUCAGGGCAGCCCCGCUCCUCCUGCCGUGGCGUGGCCGGGCGCGGCGCAAGGUGGGCGCUGCCGCGCCAGCAGCCCUGUGGCGGAGACGACGAUGGACCCAGAGCCUGCGAGCCGUGCGGAAGGAGGAGAAGCUGUUGCAGCCUCGGGAGCCGCGGCUGCCGCGACGUUCAGGGAAUCGGCUCGACAGAUGAAUAGUGAAAGAGGCUUUGAAAAUGUAGAACUGGGAGUCAUAGGAAAGAAGAAGAAGGUCCCGAGGAGAGUCAUCCACUUUGUAAGUGGUGAAACAAUGGAAGAAUACAGCACAGAUGAAGAUGAAGUCGACGGCCCGGAGAAGAAAGAUGUUUUGCCUACUGUUGAUCCGACAAAACUCACCUGGGGCCCCUACUUAUGGUUUUACAUGCUUCGAGCUGCCACAUCAACCCUUUCAGUGUGCGACUUUCUUGGAGAGAAGAUUGCCUCUGUUUUGGGCAUCAGCACCCCAAAAUACCAAUAUGCCAUUGAUGAGUAUUACCGGAUGAAAAAGGAGGAAGAAGAAGAAGAAGAAGAAAACAGGAUGCCUGAAGAAGCAGAAAGACAAUACCAGCAGAAUAAACUGCAGGCUGAUUCCAUUGUCCAGAGGGAUCAACCAGAAACAGUGGUAUCCAGUUCAUUUGUGAAUCUCAAUUUUGAAAUGGAGGGAGACUGUGAAGUAAUUAUGGAAAGCAAACAAAAUCCAGUCUCUGUCCCACCAUAGAAUGACUAUCAAACUUCAAACUCUAGGGUUUUUAUAAUACCAGGAACUUUCACAUUCUUUAUUCAGUGGGACUUAAUACAAUUAUUUAUAUUUUAAAUUAUUAUCUGGAAAGGGAAAAAUGUUUCUUCAUUCUUAGGCUCUAGCUAGCAAAAGCCAGAUCUGAAAUUUGAUAUUUGUACUAUGCUUUUACUGUGUGUCACAAUAGUGCUUUGGUUUUAAAAUGUUCUUUAAAGAAAUUAAGGACAUUCUAGAGCCCUAAUUGCCAAUUAAGCGUUAAAUUAUCAAGCUUGUCUGUUAUUGGUGUUUGUAAGAAAAAAAUAGUUAAAUUACUAAGACUAAUUGGAGCUGAUCUUCCUAGUCUUAGUUUAAAUUAGGAUUUCCCCCCAUUAGAUUUUCUCAUGUUGUCUUACAUUUAUAUAUCUAACCAUUACAUUAAUUUCAUACUAAGGAUGGUUCACUGAGUGUGUAAUAAAAGGAGCAAGACAAAA